GUAUUCACUCCGAACAAGCCAUAUGUAUCGAUCCCAGCGCAGGAUCAGUGGGAUCACGAUAAGGAUGCCGCUUAUCUGUACUAUUGUGCCAACGAGACUGUCCACGGAAUCGAGUUUCACACACCUCCUCAUUCGAUCCACGGAGUGCCUUUGGUGGCCGACAUCUCGUCGAACUUCCUUUCACGGCCAUUCGAUUUCACUAACGUAGGCAGCAUUUUCAAUAAGCGCUUACAACAAAAAGUGACUCCAGCGAUUCUCAGUUACAAAGAGAUGCAGGACAACGACAGCCUCUACAAUACUCCAGCUGUGUACGGCAUGUACAUUACGAAUCUGGUGCUGAAGUGGAUUCGCGACAUGGGUGGAGUGGAUGCGAUUUCUGAAAUGAACAAGAAGAAAGCUGGUAUGCUGUACGAGGUCAUUGAUAGCUCCAACGGCUUCUACACUUGUCCUGUAGACAAGAAAUGUCGCAGUUUUAUGAACAUCUGCUUCCGCAUCCAAGGAGGAAAUGACGCUAUGGAGGCCGAAUUUCUCAAAGGAGCUGCCGAUAGGGGAAUGAUCUCCCUGAAGGGACACAGAUCGGUUGGCGGUAUUCGAGCCUCUCUCUAUAAUGCAGUCACAGUUGAAGAAACUGGGGUCCUCGUUGACUGGAUGCGGGACUUCAUGGCCUCACAAGCUGCCUGA